AUGAAGUCUGACGAUGCAAAGUUCUCAGAGGCACUUCUCACGAGGUCUACAAUUGCGUUAACUGAGGUGACUCAACCGAAAUAUUGUAAUGGUGAGGAAUUUUUAGAGGGAGUAGAAUUGUUCAAAAAGGUCCUGGGAGCUGCCAAUGUGAGUGUGGACCAAGACCAGCUUCUGUUACACUCCAACAAUCCAGCAUGUACUCAUCAUCCGCCCAAAGAGGGUCAAGUCCCAGAAUGCGUUGUUUAUCCUGAAUCGACAGAGCAAGUUGUUGAGAUGCUAAAAAUUUCCAACAGACUUAGGAUCCCCGUGGUGCCUUUUGGAGCAGGGUCUUCACUGGAGGGCCACAUCUACUCUACUAGACAGCCAUGUGUGGUUGUUGAUCUGCGCAGAAUGAACAAAAUUCUGGAGAUACAUGACGAUGAUAUGGAUGUUGUUGUUCAGGCUGGCGUCCCCUAUGGCGAAGUGAACCGAGUUCUGGAACCAUAUGGACUGAUGAUGGGGUCCGAUUGUGCUCCAGAUGCAGUUAUAGGAGGAAUGAUAGCUACCAAUGCUUCGGGAAUAAACGCAUGUGCUUACGGUCCAAUGAGAGAUAAUGUUAUCAGUGCUACUGUGGUUCUGGCUGAUGGCACUGUAGUGAAGACAAAGCAGAGACCAAGGAAGUCCAGUGCUGGUUACAACUUGACGGGACUGGUAGUUGGAAGUGAAGGAACUCUGGGAAUCGUUACCCAGGCGACUAUCAAAGUGCAUGUCAAGCCCAAACAUGAAAAGGUCGCAGUAGUCCAGUUUAAAAGUGUCGAAGAAGCAACAACUGCCGUAACCAAAAUUCUGAAGUCUGGGAUCAAGUUGAACGCAAUUGAGCUACUAGAUGCCAACAUGAUGAGGUGUAUCAACUAUGCGGGAAGCAGUUCGAGAACCUGGGACAACGCUCCUUCGUUGUUUUUGAAGAUCAACGGUGUGAAUCCUGUGAUUACCAACGAGCUUGUGAAAGAGGUCAAGACAAUUGCCAACGGUUCCGGAGCAAUCCGAUUCACUCUGGCCAAAGACGAGGCAGAGGCGAAGGAGUUGUUUGACAUUAGGAAAAACGCCCACUAUUCUGUGCUGGAGUAUACCUACGGAACUAUUGGAGAUGAUGGUAGAAUGUGGGGCACUGAUGUAGCAGUUCCACUUUCAAAACUUACGCCAGUCUUGGAGGCCUCACAUAGAGACUUGGACAAAGCCAACAUCGAUUACGUUAUCUUGGGCCAUGUUGGUGACUCCAACUUCCAUUUCAACGUGCUAUACAAACCCGAGCAGGAGUCUGUUGUGAGAGCGAUUGUAGACAAGAUGGUCUAUACGGGUCUGGCUAAUGAGGGUACCUGUACCGGUGAGCAUGGUGUUGGCAACGGUAAGAGGAAGUACCUGGAGGCUGAACUUGGGCCAGAUGCAAUUAACCUAAUGAGGAAGUUGAAGCUCGCAGUGGACCCCAAUCGGAUCAUGAACCCGGAUAAAGUGUUUGCUAUCGACCCCUUCGAUACCAUAGAUUCGUAUUCAGCAUAG